AUGGCAUUCCCAGGCGCGUUCGGCGGCCCCGGCAUGAGCGGCGGAGCAGCUGGAGGGAAUGCAGGCUUGAGCGAGCAGGAGCAGCAGAUGGUGAAGAUGAUGCAAAAAGGCAUGGAAUCCUGCGUCGCAAAAUCAGCUCUAGCAGGUGGAAUGGGUUUCGUCCUUGGUGGCGCUUUCGGCUUGUUCAUGUCGAGUAUGGCAUACGACACUCCUCUAUCCCCUCAAGGCCAACAAAUAACCUCCCUGCCCGUGCGCGAACAGCUCCGGAGGGGCCUCAAAGAUAUGGGAUCGAAAUCAUACUCGUCAGCGAAGAACUUUGCCCUCAUCGGUGCGCUCUACAGCGGGACGGAGUGCUGUAUAGAGGGCUUUCGAGCGAAGAGCGAUCUGACGAACAGCGUCUCUGCCGGCUGUAUCACGGGCGGGAUACUGGCGUACAAAGCGGGUCCUCAGGCUGCCGCACUUGGGUGUGCCGGCUUCGCAGCAUUCAGCGCGGCGAUCGAUGCGUAUAUGCGGAUGCCGGAGAGCGACUGA